AUGCACGUAGAUCUCGACCGCGAAUUUCAAUUGGAACCCAUUCCCGACCAACUUGUCAAAGGUCAAAGACUUCUGCUGUCAUGUCAACCACCGAAAGGUGAACCUGCGCCCAAGGUCUACUGGUUGAAGAAUGGCAAACGCGUGGAGGCACAAACCUUCCCCCACAUCAUCAUCGAUGACUACAACCGGUUGAUUAUAGAACAGGUGGAAUUACAGGACGAGGGUAAUUACACUUGUGUGGCAGACACCCUGGGCUUGGAACAGCGUUACUCCACCGCGGAGGUCACGGUGCUUCGUAAGUCAUAA